UUUCCGAAACCGGAAGCGGCAUUUUUAAUUGUCAUCGUUAAGUUAGGUGUUAAAAACGUCAAUAGAAACAACCAAACAUGGCAAAUAACGUUCGUGUGAUAGCUACUGACGCCGAAUUCGAUCCUGAAUUGACGAACGCGGGUACAAAACUUGUUGUCGUAGACUUCUUUGCCACUUGGUGUGGACCAUGUAACAGAAUUGCCCCACUUUUCAUUCAGCUGAGUGCAAAGUACCCCAAGGCAGUUUUUCUGAAAGUAGAUGUUGACCAAUGUCCAGAAACCGCCCAAGGACAAAACGUCUCAGCAAUGCCAACAUUCAUCUUCUAUAAGAACAAGGUGAAGAUAGACUCACAGAGAGGGGCCGACUCUAAUGCACUGGAGGAGAAGAUUAAGAAGUGGUAUGGGGCUGAUGAUGAAGAUGGGGAGGAAGGGGUCGCUGUCAAAGGUCAUAUGGACCUUGGAACAUUCAUCAACAAGUCUGGCUGCGAGUGUUUAAAUGAGGCAGAUGACCAUCCAUUGGCUCAUUGUCUGACAACAAAGGGAGGCUACCUUGAGUCUGACUGUGAUGAACAGAUUCUCAUCAGCAUAGAGUUCUCUCAGCCUGUGAAGCUGCAUUCUUUGAAGUUGUACGGACCAGCAGAUAAAGGUCCAAAGACAGUAAAGAUUUUCCAGAACCAACCGCGAUCUCUUGACUUUGAUUCUGCUGACAGCAUGGAGCCAGUGCAAACAUUAGAACUGACUCAAGAUGACAUCAAAGAAGGAAGUUUGAUUCCAUUGAAAUUUGUGAAAUACCAGAAUGUAUCCAGUGUAACACUGUUUAUCAAGGACAAUCAGGAAGAGGGAGAGGUAACACACUUGGAUUACCUCGGAUUUAUUGGUUCUCCAGUCAAUGCCACCAACAUGAGUGACUUUAAACGGGUGGCUGGAAAGAAAGGUGAAAGCCAUUGAAGAGACGAUUAAAUGUGAUGACACUUGUUUGCAUUCUAAAAAAGUUCUUUUAAAAAUAAGAAAACAGGGUUAAUUUUCUGGGCCCAUGUUCACAAAGCUUCUUAUAGAAAAUUAAGGACACAUCUACAAAUAUCGGUAAUAAUUUCUUUAAGUCUAUGAUUAUUUUUUGUAUAUGCAUUAUACAUAAUUUUAUGCACUCAACUUGUCAAAAGAGGAAUACAUAUUUCCCCUUGUUGCGUUUAACAUGUUUAAAACGAGUAAAUAUUUACAAGAUAAUUAUUGAUUUCGCCGAAGUCUCAGCAUUCCCCAUAGCAAAACGGAUCUUAUUGUUACCAUCUUAAGUGUUCACUUAUGUACAACUUAAGUUAAGAUCUUCAGGAGGAGCUUAGUGAUUACAGGCCCAGAGUCAGUACUAAUUAUUUCUUUUAAAUUAAUUUAUUGGUUUUAGUUACAAUAUAAAGCUAAAAAUAUUUAAGUAUCAUUAACUGUUGAAUCAGACCUAUUGUUAACUAUCUGUGUUUGAAGUUGAAGAACGAUGUAAAAAAUGUAUAUGUAGGCUGAAUGCAACAGCCUGAUAUUGCAAAGGUUGUAUACGUUGUGUUUAAAUAUAAUUAUUUAUGCUAUAAAAUGGGAUACUUUAAUUGAAUAGCCCCAGAAAGUUGACAGAAUAAUUUUCCUUAAGAAAGACAAACAAAAUUAUGUUAUGAUUUUCAUAUUGGUUAAGGAAAAUGUUUGUUUUAUUUAUAUGGCAAUAUGGGUUAGUCGGUCAGAUGGUCAGUCUACUUAGUAUAUACCAUUUUGUUUAUGUACUCUAUCUGGAGACUGAUUUGACCUACUUUCUCCAAAUUAUGAAGCCAGUUUGCAUAAGGAAACAAAGACACCUAUCAAGUCCAGGUUAAAGGAGAAGAUCACAGUGUCUUGCAACCCACAGUUGUAGUUACAGUAUAUAAUAGUCAUUGUGGGUACCAUUAAUUCCCAUAUUACCAGUCCCAUAAGUGGACUUUCUAUUAUUAUGAAAAAGCAUUUAAAAUUGGACGCUUUGUUCCCUAGUAAUAGGAUUAAUUAUUGUACUUCCUCCAGUAAAUGCACUCAGUUUAAUUACACAUAAAUUGAUAUUUAUUUUUGGCUUAUGUAUCACUGGGGGUUAGAAAUCAUUAAAAACUUAAGUCUUGGGAUGGGUUGGGGGAUUAUGCAUGUCUUACAAACAUGUCUUGAUAAGAUGAUUGGAAAAUGCUGACCAUAAUUUUAUGUUAUUUGUAUUUUUAUGUCAAAUGUUAGGAUUAAAUACAGGCUAACAUUGAAAACUUUAGCAUUAUAUUGAUGUAUUGGUUUGGUUCACUUUCUCAUUUUUAAUUGCCUACAUGUAUAUGUUUGUAUUGCACAUAAUUUUGUUUGGAUAUGAAGAAUUUGAAAAAUGAACACAGGGCAUUCUA